AUGUGCUCGAACACGCACGACUUGCGCGGGCGGUGCGGGACGAGGCAGGCCGAGGACACGGACAUGUCCCGGCGGUCCACGACGAUCACCUCCCCGGGCUCCACCUCCCGCUCGUACACGGCGUCGAUGAGGUCGAGCGCGCAGGUCUCCGACGCGAACACGACGGCGCCGUUGGGGCGGCGGCCCAUGACCAGCGGGCGGAAGCCGAAGGGGUCGCGCACGGCGAAGAGCUUGUCGGCCGUGAGGAAGAGCAGCGAGUAG